AAAAUGGACACAAAUUCCAUGGCGUCACAGUCUAUUCGCUCAAAUGACAAACUUCGUAAGAGCGUGAUCAACAGCAGAGCCAAGGAUAUCAUCAAGAGCCCUUACAACAAGGUGGAUAUCAAGGGUAUCAACUUGCAGCCAAAAAUUAAGAAGAAAUCGAUUGAGGGCUUUCCUCCUCAGAAGGAGAUAGAGACUUUCCUCAAGCAAUUGACUUCGAAAAAGUUAUCUAAGUUAAACAAGCUGAUUAAUGGAACUGUUGAUAAGAACACACUGAAGAAAGCUAUGAAUCAGGUGUUUCACCCUCCUCCAGAUGAGAAGUUAACCGACCUCCUGUUCCAACGGUUCAGACCUCUUAAAUUUAAAGAUGAAGGGAGGGAGAUUGAUGAGAAUGGGAACGAAAUGGUAGUCCUAGACCUCCUCAUAGCCCUGGCUUUACUCUCAAGAGUCAUCUCUAAAUACAAUGACAAGUUAAGGAUAAUCUUCAACUUCUGAGAUGAAGACGGAGAUCACUGAAUGAGGCCAGAUGAGAUCCUUCUGAUGAUCCAGAGACUUCAGCGCAUAUUCUGCAGAGAGUGUUCUCAGAUAAACUUAAACUCUCAGCUGCUGUUGCAGAGCAUUGCUGAUAAGAAGGCUGAGACAAAGUUUCACUAUAUUAUCCAAGUUAUACGGAGAAAGAACGACCCCAAUAAGAUGGAUGACGGUGAUGAGCUCAUUACUUAUAGUGAAUUUUAUGAAGCUUGCAAGUCCAAGCCUAACUUUUACAAGGAAAUCCUUCCUAGAACUCUUAAUAUAGAGGAUGUUUUACUGUGCAAAUAAGACUGAAGAGGAGUAUAAUAUCAGUGAUCUCUCUUAUGAUGAUUUUGUGUUGUUUAGAUAUGAAAUGAACACCAUAUUUAAGAAGACCCACUUUAGAGGAAAAUCAGAUGAAAAUCUGAUGGCUUUUGGGACCUCUCCCCUCUCCAGGGUUGGAGGAAUGCUUAUAAGAGACCUGCCCCAAAAUGAGAAAAAGAAGCAGUUAGAACUAUACAGGCCGCCUGGUAUUGUCCGAAAGGUUCAGCACUUACCUGGUAAAGACGUUGAGACUCAGUUCAACCAGAACAUUUGGAAUUGAAUUCCUCAGAAUAAAAUCUACAUUCGUGACCCAACUAAGAAGAAAGAUGGUGAAGAAGAGAAGCAGCAACAAGUUAUCCAAGAUAAUCUCUCUAAAGAAGAAAGGAAAGAAGAAGAAAAGAGAGAAGAGAAGAAGAAGAAUCUAAAGAUCAAUGUAAUGAUGAGACAGACUCAAGACAUUGAUGACUUCUAUGAUCUCUAUGAUACAGACUUUCCGAUUGAGUAUAAUGAGAUGGCGAAUGGCAGUCAGGAGGAUAUAGCUGAUAAAGAGAAUGAAAGAGAUGUUAAAGAGCUGAUCAAGAAGAGUGAGAAGAGGUACAAGGAAGUUAAAAAUUUAUUCAAUAAUAAUUCCUAAGAAA